UCUUAUAUAUAAUUCACACAUCCAGAAGUUUUCUUUUGUAAUUAACAACCCAGAAAAGUUUGAAUUUUGAAGAUUUUUGGAGUUUGAUUGAAAAAUGUCCCUAGACCAGUUCAAGAAACAAGCAUCUUCUUUCCUGCAUGAGAGAUUCAAAGUAGCCAGGCUCGUUUUCACUGAUGUUACCCAGGCAGAAUUGUUGGCAGAGGAAGCCACAAACAAAGAUCCAUGUAGCCCUGAUGCUAAAACAAUGACAAUAAUAGCUGAGGCAUCCUUUGAGGUAGAUGAUUAUUGGAGAAUUGUUGAUGUCCUUCACAACAGGCUGCAUAGCAUUGAGUGGAAGCAGUGGAAACAAUCCUACAAAUCAUUGGUACUCCUUGAGUUCUUGUUAACCCAUGGACCAGAAGAGUUAGCUGAUGAAUUCAAGAGUGAUUCAUAUAUCAUCGAAGAACUCGGAACUUUUAAACACAUAGAUGAAAGGGGGUUCAAUUGGGGUGAGAUCAUGCAGCAAAAGUCUCAAAAGAUACUACAACUUCUGAAAGGAGGCCAGACUUUAAAAGAAUCGCGUUUGAAAGCUCUGAAAAUAACAAGAGAAAUUCAGGGAUUUGGAAGUAGUUCAUCGCCAUCUUCGUCAUCAUCAACAUUGUCACCUAGCUUUUCACCCAGCUUUUCGUUCGCUACAUCAAGAACUUCAUCAUUUGGUUCGUAUUCUACUACUACGAGCCCCACGUGGAGUGAUUUACACGAGGAAAAUAAAUUUGAAAAAUCCAAAUCCCCAGAAGAUGCCAUUGAAAGCCAUAAUUGGGAAGGAAUGGGAACUGAGAACAACUCUCCUGUAAGCAACUUUAAUAUCAAGAGACAACACCUUUGGGAUAGCCCCCUAAUCGAAGAGGAUGAUUGUCUACUUGAACCUGAGGAUGAGGAAGAGAAACCAGCAAGUUUUCUAAGUGGAGUGUGCUCAAAGCUUGCGUUACUGAGUCCUACCCAUCCAGAGAGAGCAGGAUUUAGAAAAGCUUCUAAUAAAUGGGAAGAAUGAAGAUAGGAGUAAUACUACAUUAAGACUUUGUUAGCAAUAUGUUUCUAACCAGGGUAUCCUAGAGGAUGGUACUUUUAGUAAAAGUUAAAAGCCAAAUGAAGCAGGCUUAGCCAUGAUGCCAGGCUUGAAAUCAUACUUAGAGCUAUGAAUAGCAAACAAUUUUGCAUUUUUGUAGAA